AUGAAAAGAAACAUACCCGAGUACAUAGACUUUGAAACGUUUUUUCCUAAAAAGGAAAUCAAGCCAGAUGUUUUGACCGCGUUCACGAUGGCAAAGCAACAGAGACUAGAAAAACUUCUGGAAAAUAAUCCCCUAGUAUUGUACAAAGGGAGAGUACUAAAAAAAUUAUCAUGUCCUAGGAUAAAAAAUUCAGGGAGAAAUAAUGUGGGGAAAAUCACAACACGACAUAGAGGAGGGGGACAUGUACAAAGGUUAAGAUUUAUUGACUUUAAAAGGUCCAGGAAGGAUAUCUAUAGUACUGUAUUAAGAAUAGAAUACGACCCAUCUAGAAGUGCACACAUAGCGUUAGUUCAGUAUGAGGACGGGGUACUGUCCUACAUUUUGGCCCCCCUUUUGUUAAGGCCUGGAGAUAAAAUUAUUGCAAGUAAAUAUGCAAAUAUCAACCCUGGGAAUUCUCUACCGCUGAAGAAUAUCCCUGUGGGAACUAUCAUUCACAAUUUGGAAAUGAGACCAGGGGCAGGUGGCCAAUUAAUACGAGCAGCUGGUACUUAUGCCACUGUACUCAGUAAGGAUAGCCAAUACGCAACGAUAAAAUUGAAGUCAACAGAAAUUCGAAAAUUCCCACUCGAAUGUUGGGCGACUAUUGGACAGGUCUCCAACUUGGAAAGACAUAUGCGCAUUUUAGGCAAAGCGGGUGUCAACAGGUGGCUUGGAAAAAGGCCUGUUGUCAGGGGAGUUGCCAUGAACCCUUCCAAACAUCCGCAUGGAGGAGGAACAAGUAAGAAACACACCAAAAGACCAAAGUGCUCUCUCUGGGGGAAAUGCAGAGAUGGGUUUAAGACACGAAGUAAGAAGAAGCCACUCGGGUUAAUCAUCAGGAGGAACAUUUGUGGACGCUUGCAGAAGAAGUACGGUGUUACGGUGUGA